ACUCCAUUUUCUUAUGAAUGGAAAGUGAAAACCCCUGUUCCGCUUAAAUUGGGUUCCUUCCUGUCCUGAGAAACAUAGAGACCCCCAAAAGGGAAGCAGAGGAGAGAGAGACCCACACCCAGACCCCGCGAGAAGAGAUGACCAUGACCACCAUGCCAGAAAGUCUCAACAGCCCCGUGUCGGGCAAGGCGGUGUUUAUGGAGUUUGGGCCGCCCAACCAGCAAAUGUCUCCUUCUCCCAUGUCCCACGGGCACUACUCCAUGCACUGUUUACACUCGGCGGGCCAUUCGCAGCCCGACGGCGCCUACAGCUCGGCCUCGUCUUUCUCCCGACCGCUGGGCUACCCCUACGUCAACUCGGUCAGCAGCCACGCGUCCAGCCCCUACAUCAGUUCGGUGCAGUCCUACCCGGGCAGCGCCAGCCUCGCCCAGAGCCGCCUGGAGGACCCAGGGGCUGACUCCGAGAAGAGCACGGUGGUGGAAGGCGGUGAAGUACGUUUCAAUGGGAAGGGGAAAAAGAUCCGCAAACCCAGGACGAUUUAUUCCAGUUUGCAGUUGCAGGCUUUGAACCGGAGGUUCCAGCAAACUCAGUACCUAGCUCUGCCCGAGAGGGCGGAGCUCGCGGCCUCCUUGGGACUCACGCAGACGCAGGUCAAGAUCUGGUUCCAGAACAAACGCUCCAAGUUCAAGAAGCUGAUGAAGCAGGGCGGGGCGGCUCUGGAGGGUAGCGCGCUGGCCAACGGCCGGGCGCUGUCUGCCGGCUCCCCGCCGGUGCCGCCUGGCUGGAACCCCAACUCCUCAUCCGGGAAGGGCUCGGGCGGCAGCGCGGGCUCCUACAUCCCCAGCUACACGUCGUGGUACCCCUCGGCGCACCAAGAAGCUAUGCAGCAACCCCAGCUCAUGUGA